AUGCAUUUCUUACCAAGGAACAUUUAUGUAUGGGAUGCUCAUGCCACUCCACCCGUUAAUGUCGCAGGACUGUAUCAACAUGGCGCGGUGUCUGUGUCGUUAUUUUUCUCCUGGUUGAAUAUGAUUCUGGACAUCGAUAUUCCCUGGGCUCUCUUUCCCGCAGAUAAGGAGGGGGACCCGAUAGGAGAGCCAUUAGACCACGAGGAUGACGGCACGUUACCCUUCGGAAAUUAUGCUAUUUGUUCAGAAGAUGCACGUCCCAUCCCUGUUAGUCUGCUUCGCGAGAGCCAUCGGCCACGACCGCUGACUAUGGAAGCAACCCCUGUCACUGAAGCUGAAUACUUCAGGGACCGCGUUCGCGCUCGAGACAAUCGCUGCUGUGUAACCGGUAUACCCGUGCAACAUGGAGACUAUGCCACAUUUCAUGCCUCGCAUAUCUUCCCUGUUGUGCAUAAGGACACGUGGGAUGAGAAAAGAUUCAAGGACAAAAUACAGGACGAUGCAUCUAUCGCCUCCCAAGGCCCUGACGGAAUCAACUCCAUACAGAACGGCGUGCUGCUUCGGACUGACAUCCACGACAUGUUUAACAACUAUGACUUUGGAAUCAACCCGGACGACGAAUAUCAAGUCAUUGACUUUACUAGCCACGGCAAGCUGCACGGACGCUCACUCUGGAUCAACAUGAAUGUGGGAGCAAAGUACCGCCCUUCAGAUGCCCUGCUGCGAGACCACCUUCGGCAAUGCGUCCUCGCUCAUGUCAAAGGACAGGGAAGACGAGCUGAUUGGUUUGACUUCGAGCUGACUGACCUCGACCCGUGGGGCAAAAAAUUACUAUCUGGUCAUUAG